GGCAGCAGGAACAAAGAAAGCCGCCUGCUCAACGUGAAAACGUCUCCUCACUCCGUCUGCACGGACUAAAAUCCUCUUUGCAGGAGCUGCUUUUUGCUCCACUUUAAACACUUUUAAACACGCUCCGUGUCGCGAGGCCGACUGGCUGUUUUUGCUGAGGAAAGAGGAAAGUUGGCGUCGUCGCGAGAGGUUUGCGGGUCGCCUUUCUCCAAACCUUGUUGCCUUGAAUACGCAGGAAAAAAACAGAGCUUGAUAGUGUGUCCUGAGACCUGUGGACUUGGCAGAGAUGCACUUUUCUCAGGACACCUGCACCCAGAUGGAUUAAGAGGAGUGUGGCUCCCCCUUGCUGAAGACAACGUGUGUGUCCAACAGUACCUUUCCACCCAGGACCCACUUUGAUGCCUUUGCGCCCAAUGAGGUAACGUCAGGACCUACCACCCCCUCAUCACCACCCUCGGUCCAUCCAUUUCCCUCCCCUCAGUCCCUUCUUCCCUUGGACCAACCCAGCCAUGGGCCAGAAGAUCUCUGGCAGUAUCAAGUCGGUGGAUGUACGCGGGGAGCCCUCUUAUCGGCCAGUGCGCCGAGAGCUGCGGGGCCCGGAUUUCUGUCGGCCCCCCCGGCUCGACUUACUGCUGGACAUGCCUGCCGCCAGCCCUGAAACGCAGCUCCGCCACGCCUGGAACCCCGACGACCGAUCACUCAAUGUCUUUGUCAAGGAGGAUGACAAGCUGACGUUUCACAGACAUCCAGUGGCACAGAGCACAGACUGUAUCCGUGGGAAGGUGGGCUACACCAGGGGCCUCCAUGUGUGGAGGAUUCACUGGCCGGCCAGACAGAGAGGCACCCACGCAGUUGUGGGCGUGGCCACUGCUGAAGCAUCUUUACACUCUGUGGGCUACACAGCUCUGGUGGGCUCGGACUGUGAGUCCUGGGGCUGGGACCUGGGUCGGAACAGACUCUACCAUGAUGGAAAGAACCGGCCUGUUUCCACGUCAGCACCCACGUAUCCAUGUUUCCUGGAGCCAGACGAGUCAUUCGUGCUCCCAGACUCUCUGACAGUAAUACUAGACAUGGACGAAGGAACACUGAGCUUCAUGGUAGACGGACAAUAUCUGGGAGUAGCUUUUAGAGGGCUUAAAGGCAAGAGACUGUAUCCCAUCGUCAGUGCUGUGUGGGGGCACUGUGAAGUAUCUAUUCGCUACGUCAAUGGACUAGAUCCUGAGCCCCUCCCCCUCAUGGACCUGUGCAGACGAGUAGCUCGACUGGCUCUGGGCAGAGAGCGCAUCCAUCACAUCGACACACUCCCACUGCCGCAGACGCUCAAGAACUACCUCCAGUACCAAUGACCGCACACACACAAACACACACACACACACAUGGGAUAAAACUGUGGCCCAUUCGUUCUUACGGUAACCAGCGUCCAAACUGAACUUAAUCGUAACCAUCAGACAUCUGCUGUAGAUGCGGACGAUGACAUUGACCAUGAACAGGUGGUGAAGUUUGCGCUACAAGGGGUUUUGUUUACGACAGUUGGGGGUUUUCCAUUUUGAAUGUUUUUAUCUUCUGGUUUCUGCUUUUUUUCCCCCCUCUGGACAGACGACGAGAGGAGCUGAUGAAUGAAAUGAAGGGAGCAAGAGAUUAAAAGAGGAUAUGGCAAUCCUUUUUUCCUGCUAAUCAUUUGUAUAGUGUCCUUUAGUUUGACAGUUUACACCCGACAUCUUUUCUGCACAGACUCUGCGAAAGCCUCCUCGGAAACAUGUUGGUAUUUAUAUUUAUAUUCCCAACAACACAGCAGGCUCUGUGGAGACGCAACAAUCCCUCCAAGCCACAGGCGAGAGAGAGAGAGCAUGAGAGAGAGGGAGAGCGUCCAUACACAGAUCUAUUUUUGUUAGUUUGUACACAGCACACAUGGAUUGCAUAUAUACUCUGUGUGUGUGUGUGUGUGUAUGUGUGUGUGUGUGUGUGUGAUGAGUGUACAGAAACAAAGCCCAAACUGUCUGUAGUACUAAGACAACUCACUGACGAGCAGGCAGUUACCACCUACAGGCUAAAAAUCACAACAACUGCAGUGUGGUUUGAACGUUUUCAAUCCCCCUCCUCUCUCCUGCCAGCUUCUCUCUCUAUCUUUCUGUGUCCCUUCAUCACUCGCUCCAGUUUGAUUUAAGCCUCCCAUCAUGUUUGGUGAACUCAAAGGACCGAGGGCAUCGUUUGUCGGCUCUCCAGCUCCUGUAACGCUGAUAGAGAUUGAUCUGAAGGUGAAGCCGUGUUUUCGACUGCUAAUGUGCCUGCUCUGAGACAGAAACACGCGAAAAAAAAAGCACACCACAACAUUUCUGUCAUAACAGAAGACCCCCUCAAGUUUUAAAUGCUGCUUUUACAUCUAUUUUUUUUUAUUUUUCCAUCUACCCAUCAUGUGGGUUUUAUUCCUGAUUUACUCUUGAAAAUUAUGGUCUUACAAUGAGAUUUUUUUCCUUUUUUUUCCAUUACAUGGAUCUUGAGAUUUGUCUGCGGGACAGGUUGUCUCGUGGUAUAGGUAGAAAAAUGUGCUGCCAUGGGAAUCUUUUAAAUGUGAAUAAGAAUAAACACGGCUAAACUCGCA